GGUGUGGGCGAUAUGGGGAUUCAGGAUGCACGGCGACGACUGAUAGUGCCCAUUCAUGCUAUUGCUGUGGAUAGUCUGACGUAGCGGCAUCUCCUGCUCUCCACCCAACUGCCCUCCAUGGCUAGGAGAUAGCUACUUCUGAGGGUGAGAGGGUGAGACGGAACCAUACCGGACCUCUCUAGCGACCACCGCGCCGUCUGUGAAUGCCUGUCCAUGUGCUCUCGCUGCUCUGUGUGCGACGAGUCAAAGUGGAGCCUCAGUAGUCACCAUGGUUGAUGGGGUGGAAAGGCCUGCUGGAGUUACAUUUCAGGGCACUUUCAAAAGAAAGCCCUUUUCCCCCUUCUGUGCUAAACCAUCUUUCUCCGCAACCCACUACCUUGUCUCCUCGCUCUCCCCUCAUCAUUCUGAUCAUCGGUGCUGCGCAUCAUCGUCCGAAUGAUUGCGGUCUCGAUCUAAUCACACAAAACACUACCACGCCUCUGGUAGGCAUCUCUCGACAGUAUGGGUGUCCUCGCCGCACGGUCUAGCGAGACCCAGCAUGGUAUACCUACCUACAUGGGCCUGAGCGGGCGUACCCUCUCGCUCAUGGUCUCUGUUGUGGCCACGAACGGCUUUCUGCUCUUCGGCUACGACCAAGGAGUCAUGUCCGGCAUCAUAUCAGCAACACAGUUUGCGGACACGAUUCCCGAAGUCCGGGACAACUCGACGUGGCAGGGCUUCGUCACUGCCAUUUAUGAGAUUGGCUGUCUAUUCGGUGCCAUGUUCCAACUGGCCUAUGGUGACAAAAUUGGACGUCGACGAGCCAUCAUCCUCGGCGGUGUCAUCAUGAUCCUGGGAGUUGUCAUCCAGAUUACCGCGUUCAAGGGCCAUAGCGCGACAGCUCAAUUCAUUAUUGGCAGAACCGUUACUGGAAUUGGAAAUGGAAUCAACACGUCCACGAUUCCCACGUAUCAAGCUGAAUGCUCACGUACUACGAACCGCGGACUGCUCAUCUGUAUCGAAGGUGGUAUCAUCGCAUUUGGCACUGUCAUUGCCUACUGGAUCGAUUUCGGUUGUUCCUUCGGAUCAGCAGACCUCGUAUGGCGCUUCCCCAUCGCCUUCCAAGUCAUCUUCGGACUUUUCCUCUCCAUUAUGAUGAUCUGGCUCCCGGAAUCACCUCGAUGGCUUCUGACUCGAGACCGCCACGAAGAAGCGACGACCGUUCUCGCUGCUCUUUCAGGCAAGCACCGUGAUGACGACGAAGUCAAGCUCCAAGCCGGUAUCAUUAUGGACAGUAUUCGAGCAUCUGGCCAUGCCGGCGGUAACACUCCUUACCGAGCACUCUUCAGUGGGGGCAAGACUCAGCACUUCCGAAGAAUGCUACUCGGAUCAUCAAGUCAGCUAUUCCAACAGAUCGGGGGUUGUAAUGCCGUCAUAUACUAUUUACCAAUUCUGAUGGAGUCGAGCGUUGGUAUGUCCAGACAAAUGAGUCUGAUCAUUUCUGGCGUCAACAUGAUCGUCUAUGCCAUCUUCGCCACGACAUCUUGGUUCAUUAUUGAAAAGGUCGGUCGUCGCAAGCUCUUCUUGUGGGGCACAGUGGGACAAAGCGCUGCAAUGCUGUUGUCGAUGGCUUGUUUGAUUCCUGGAACCGUCUCUGCAGCGAAGGGAGCCGUGGUCGGAUUCUUCCUCUUCAUCGCGGUCUUUGGUGCAACUUGGCUGCCGCUCCCAUGGUUGUACCCUGCGGAGGUCAACCCUAUCAAGACGAGAGCGAAGGCCAAUGCCGUGUCGACUUGCACGAACUGGCUCUUCAACUUCCUCAUCGUAAUGAUCACUCCUGUCAUGAUCGCCAACAUUUCCUGGGGCACAUACCUCGUCUUCGGCGCCAUCAACGCUGCCUUCCUGCCCAUCAUCUACUUCUUCUAUGUUGAAACGGCAGGCCGUUCAUUGGAAGAAAUUGAUCUCAUCUUCGCCAAAGGCUUCCACGAGAAGAUCUCUUACGUCCGAGCAAGCAAAGAACUUCCCUUCCUGACGGAUGCCGAGCUGGACGAGAAGUCAAGAGAGUAUGGUGCGCAGAGCAGUGAUGAUGAUGAGUCUGGGAAGCUUGAAGAUGCUGCUGAGAAAGAGGCGAGUGCAGGUCUGAGGGAGGAUUGAUCGGUCGAUCGAUCGAUCGAUCAAUACAACGCCAAACAAGUAAUCAAGCUUGCUGCCUGGUUUGAGUAUGUGGCUUUGGUAUGAGUUGAUUGAUUGCAUGAUAGAUAGGAGGGCGGCGGCGUACGUCUUUACGAGCGCGAGGGAGGCCUUCUUCUCUUUUGAGACGCGGUUAUGCGUACGCGCUUCCGCAAUAGACGCAUAGAUGUGAAUGAUGAAUCAAUGAAACCUUCUUCCUC